AUGUACUUCGUAAUGGAUGACAGUGUUGCUGAAAUACAGGUGAAGGUUUAUUUUUUUGCCAAAGCAAGAGAGUUAACGGGGAAAAAGGAAUGUUACAUUACCGUACCUAAAAAAUUAGCAUACAUUGACUUAUUAAAUAAAAUAAUAAGCCAAUUUAAAUUAGAAAGCAUUCGUGAUACAUCAAUCUUAGCAGUGAACGAAGAAUUUGUUGCUUCAGAUACAACACUAGUACUUUCAGAAAAAGACGAAGUUGCUGUUAUUCCACCACUUAGUGGAGGUUUGUUUUGUUUCUAA